CUCCGCGCUCCGUGUCGCGCGCGCCCUUGUGCCCUCCUGGUGCCCUCCAGCGCGCCGGCGGGACCAUGAAGAAGUUCUCUCGGAUGCCCAAGUCGGAGGGCAGCGGCGGCGGGGCGGCGGCUGGCGGGGCCGCGGGCUCCGGGCUCGGCGGCGGCGGCUUCGCAGGCUCGUCCGUGGGGGUCCGGGUGUUCUCGGUCGGCCGCUACCAGGUCACCCUGGAGGAGUCGCUGGCCGAAGGUGGAUUCUCCACUGUUUUCCUGGUGCGGACUCAUGGUGGGAUCCGGUGUGCACUGAAGCGAAUGUAUGUCAAUAAUACACCUGACCUCAACAUUUGUAAAAGGGAAAUCACAAUUAUGAAAGAACUAUCUGGCCACAAAAAUAUUGUUGGUUAUUUGGACUGUGCUGUCAAUUCAGUUAGUGAUAAUGUGUGGGAAGUGCUUAUCUUAAUGGAAUAUUGCCGAGCUGGGCAGGUGGUGAAUCAGAUGAAUAAGAAGCUGCACACGGGCUUCACUGAAUCUGAAGUCUUACAGAUCUUCUGUGAUACCUGCGAAGCUGUUGCAAGGCUGCAUCAGUGUAAGACUCCCAUCAUCCACCGGGAUCUGAAGGUAGAAAAUAUUUUGCUAAAUGAUACUGGAAAUUAUGUACUUUGUGACUUCGGCAGUGCUACUAAUAAAUUUCUUAAUCCUCAAAAAGAUGGAGUUAAUGUAGUAGAAGAAGAAAUUAAAAAAUACACGACUCUGUCAUACAGAGCCCCGGAAAUGAUCAACCUUUAUGGCGGGAGGCCCAUCACCACCAAGGCUGAUGUCUGGGCCCUGGGAUGUUUACUGUACAAACUUUGUUUCUUCACUCUUCCUUUUGGUGAGAGUCAGGUUGCUAUCUGUGAUGGCAGCUUCACCAUCCCAGACAGUUCUCGGUAUUCCCACAACAUACAUUGUUUGAUAAGGUUCAUGCUUGAACCAGAUCCAGAACUCAGACCUGAUAUAUUUCAAGUAUCCUACUUUGCAUUUAAAUUCGCCAAAAAGGAUUGUCCAGUCUCCAACAUCAAUAAUUCUUCUCUUCCCUCAACUCUCCCUGAACCGAUGACCGCUAGUGAAGCGGCUGCUAGGAAAAGCCAAAUGAAAGCCAGAAUAACAGAUACCAUUGGACCAACAGAAACCUCAAUUGCACCAAGGCAAAGACCAAAGGCCAAUUCCACUACUGCCAGCUCCAGUGUGCUGACCAUUCAGAGCUCAGCAACACCUGUUAAAGUCCCUGCCCCUGGUGAUUUCAGUAACCACAAACCAAAAGGCGCACUGAGACCUGGAAACGGGUCUGAAGUCUUAGUGGGUCAGGGAACCCCUCAGCAACCACCACAGCAACAUAGAGUCCUCCAGCAGUUACAGCAGGGAGAUUGGAGAUUACAGCAACUUCAUUUGCAUCGAGUUCCUCACCAGCAGCAGCAGCAACAGCAGCAGCAGCAGUUGCAACAACAGCAGCUGCAACAGCAGCAGCAGCUACUUCAAAAUGCUUAUUUGCAGCAGUAUCAACAUGCAGUGCAGCAGCAGCAGAUACUUCAACAACAGUUUUUAAUGCAUUCAGUCUAUCAGCCACAACCUCCCGCAUCACAGUAUCCUACAAUGAUGCAGCAGUAUCACCAGGCUUUCUUGCAGCAGCAGAUGCUAGCUCACCAUCAGCAGCCUCAGCACCAUCAGCAACCUCUGCAGCAGGCAUCACCUGAGUAUCUUACCUCCCCUCAAGAGUUCUCACCAGCCCUAGUUUCCUAUGCUUCCUCCCUUCCAGCUCAGCUUGGACCCAUGGUGGAUUCCUCUUUCAGUGCCAACAGGCCAGUUACUGAGAAGGAGGCAGUCACGCAUUUCACAAAUGAGAAGGCCGCCAGUCACCCACCAGAUAUGUCAGGGUGGAACCCUUUCGGAGAAGACAACUUCUCCAAGUUAACGGAAGAGGAACUGCUGGACAGAGAGUUCGACCUUCUCAGAUCAAGUUCUCCUGAAAAGAAAACUGAACGUUCUCCAAAUCAAAAAAAUGUCACUGCAAACCAUACCAAAAAUAGCAGCGCAAGUCUACUAUGUAAAGACGAGCGGGCUGUAAAGAGAACCUCAGAGAACCCCGCGGUCCGCGGUCAGGCGCAGAAGGGGCAUGACGAGUCUGAAAGCGAUUUUGAAUCGGACCCCCCUUCUCCUAAGAGUAGUGAAGAAGAACAAGAAGAUGAGGACGCCCAGGGAGAGCACGGGGACUUUAAUGAUGACGACACCGAGCCGGAGAACCUGGGUCACAGGCCUCUGCUCAUGGACUCUGAAGAUGAGGAAGAGGAGGACAAACACAGCUCUGACUCGGAGUAUGAACAGGCUAAAGCCAAGUGCGAGCCUGGUGCGGGGCGGAGGCCAGCCCCUGACCCGGCACUCCUCUCCGCAGCCGGUUCACCAACUGCUGCGCCGACUCCUGGACAGGAGUUUGAUGUGUUCGGUGCUGUUCCCUUCUUCGCGGUGAGCGCUCCACAGCAGCAGCACAGGGGCAACGGGAGGAACCUCUCCCAGCAGCCAUUUCCAGAGCAGGAGGACUUUGACGUGUUCUCCAAGGCACCCUUCAACAAGAAGGUAAAUGUACAAGACUGGCCUGCAGCGGGGCCCGACACGUGCCCGCUGCCUGCACGGCCCAAAAGUGUAGAUAUGUUUGGUUCCACUCCCUUUCAGCCGUUUCCCACGUCAGUGAGUAGAAGUGAGAGCAGGGAGGAUGUCUUUGGGCUCGUGCCCUUCGAGGAAAUAACUGGGAGUCAGCAGCAGAAAGUCAAACAGCGCAGCUUGCAGAAACUGACUUCUCGCCAGAGGCGCACAAAGCAGGACGUGUCCAAAAGCAACGGAAAACGCCACCAUGGCACACCCACCAGCACCAAGAAGCCCCUGAAGCCUCCCUACCGCACCCCGGAGAGGACCCGUAGACACAAGAAGGUGGGCCGCAGAGACUCGCAGAGCAGCAGUGAGUUUUUAACCAUUUCCGACUCGAAGGAGAACAUCAGCGUUGCACUGACCGAUGGCAAAGACAGGGGCAGUGCCCUUCAGCCUGAGGAGACCUUGCUGGACCCCUUUGGUGCCAAGCCUUUCCACCCUUCAGACUUGUCGUGGCACCAAUCCCAUCAGGGCCUAAGCGACAUUCGUGUUGAUCACAAUACCAUCUUGCCUGGGAGGCCAAGACAGAACUCAGUGCACGGGUCAUUCCAUAGUGCAGAUGCGUUGAGAAUGGAUGACUUCGGUGCCGUACCCUUUACAGAACUUGUCGCACCACGUGAGUCUCAACAGCCCCAACCAGUUGAAUUAGACCCAUUUGGUGCUGCUCCGUUUCCUUCUAAACAGUAGAUAUUCCAGGUGGACUCGGCAAUAACUCCUGUUUCAAAAAAGUAUGAAUAGUUUUAUGAAUCUGGAAGAAAAUUUAUUUGUAUAGUUGUUUAUGUCCUUCACUCUUACAGGUUAAUGACUAUAGGUGAUUUUUUAAAACCAAAUGCAAAUGUCUGUACAGGGUAGUGAGGACAUGCCUUCUUCAAGCAGGAGGUGUCCUAAGUGGAAAGCUCUGAGGGCUUUUGUACAACUGUGGGGCUUCCUGGGAACGUAGGUGUGUUGCCACUGAGGGACAGGAAAGCCUAUCACUUAGGAUCAUGUCACAUAGGUGCACACCCCAGGUCCAGCAAAUGAAGCCAGGCUGACUGAAUGUUUGCACCCAGGAGGAAACCCAGGAGACCUGGAAUGUGCUGUUCAGUUCAUACACUUGCCUGUAACGUAGAGCCAGAAGUAACUGACUAUUGUGCCUAAAACUCAGUUGCAUUUAAAAAAAAAACAAGUGCCAUUAAUAAUGGACUCUAUAAUGAAAACUAUAUGAAAUAAUGUAUGUAUUAAUUUAGCCCUUCUAUGGUAUAUACAUCAAAUCAUGUAUAUGAUAAUAUAUAUGCAAUUUUUAAUCUGUCAGAUUUUUAAAAUAUGGAAUGCUUAAUAGAAGCCUAGAACAAAAAUGUAAAGAGAAAUAUCUGGCAUUUGAAAAAUGUAAAACAAUUAUACGUCGACAGAAAAGCAACAUUUGGUACUUUAGGAAUAUGUUGUUUCUGAAUGGAUUUUUUGCCAAAAUCUUUAUCAUCAUGUCCCUAAUGAAGCAAGCAUAUUGAUAAAAAGUGGGAGGACAGAGGUCAUAUAGAAAUUUAACUUCAGGAAAAACUAGCUGGAACUUACAAUUUUUAAGAUGUUUACAAUGUAAAAUCAUGUUGCAUUUACUAUUGUACUUUAUUACAUCACCACCCUUAUCCAACACUCCUGAGUCAUGAGCAGUCCCUUCCCUCAGGUUUAGAGGGGGGGGGCAGUUUCCAUUAGUGACACUGACCAGCCUUACAGGGACACAUGCCUCCUGAUGCCAGUCCCUCUGCACCGACAGCCAGACUGUUGGUGAUGUAAGAAUGAGAUCAUGGGACUAGGGACUUGAAUUCUGCUAGCUGAUUGCAUCAUUAGUGAAAAGAACCAAGCUACCAAAUUGCCUUUUAAAAAAUACCACCAGUCAUAUUUAGAAACUUGAAGUUUUGUAGGAGUCGUGUUUAAUGGUAGCAAGCUAUACAUCAGUUAAUGUGAA